AUGGGAAAAAAUGACAAACAAAAAAAGAAGCACAACGGAGGGAAAAAACACCACACUGCCAAAAAUGACCAAAAGCCAAAAAAUGAUCAGAACAAACCAGAAAGCAGUUGUUCCCAGCAAUCUAACAACGAAGAAGUUAAUUUGCGGCAAGAGUGUUCAGUAAAAAUCAAUGACGAUCAUAUACAAAUUGGACACUUCAAAUUAACCAAUGUUGACUUGAGAGAUAUUGUCAGAAAGUCAGAGCAGAUUCAAGUCGAACAAAAUGGAAAAGCUUUGACCAAUGACCCAAAAUUCAUGGAGCAACUGGAUGCGUACGCUCAACAAAAAUCUGAGGAAAUCAUAAACUCAACUGUGAAGACGCUUCCCACAACCAUCGAUUCAUCCGGACCAACACAAGUAUCGAAAUCAUCUACACAGACAAGUUCAUCAGCAAAUUCAAUUAACGUCACAAACCGUAUAGCACCCAACACUACCGUCGAGCGAACAGUGAACAUGACUAACCCACCAACUGCUGACGCCAAGUCUCAGACUGUACGAAAAGUGGACGCAAUUCAAUUGGGCAGAGAGUUUCUGGAACGGAGAAAACAGGAACCUCCACUGCCACCGCCCAAAGUUCAACCCAAAAAAACCUACAAAAAACGGUUUUUCGGUGACAAACUUGUGAAUCCAAACGGUCAGGAUAGCCCAUUCGUGGCAAUGCCGAUAGAUAUAGAUAGUUUCUAUAUGGAGUACGAUGACAUUGAUGCGGAAUGCACAUUAUUAAAGGAAUGGCCAGCGUUAGAUGAGAGCAUGUUGUACUAUGAACAACCUGAUGUAAUUGCCAAAAAAAUACUUGAUCCCAAUCUACCGUACUCCUUCCCGUUCACAAUUGAAGUGUUUUUUGCACUUACCGGAAUCCGACGACGUCUCACUUUUCUUUAUUCCGGACCCAACACGUUUAAGUCGCUAUCUCACAAAUUCCGUCAUAAACAUUGUGAAUCGGAAAAUUUUCAAAUGUUUUACCUGAAUCAUGACGGUCGUUACAUGGAGGUACACGACAAUUUCACAUUGAAACAGAUGCUGAUUACACAUGGCGCUUAUCCGAGAGGAGCUCACUGCCCAUUGAGAAGUGCAUGUGGAAAAGUUUGGUGUAUUCCAACGACAAGUUAUGCAGAAGAAUUGAUUUUUGAAAGAGAAAGAGAUUUGAUUAUGGGAUUAGAUUCUGAGCUAAUGGAAAAACGAGAACGAUCCUGCGUUGACCACCUCCCAUUUGCCCUCUCCGCUGACUUUCGAUUUGCUGAAGUCUACCAUAAAGUGAUCCAUUACUCUGAUGAAGAAAUGUCACGCAGUUACAAUAAAUAUGCACAUGCACAGGCCAUUGACCUGAUAUUAGACUGUCAACGUACCAUGGAUCGAGAGCAGCUUUUUGCAGACUGCCGGACGAAAGAACUCACAGUGCAAGAGCUCAAAGAUGUUUUAGCCUACCGGUACCACUUUCCAAAAGACGGGUUGACCAGUGACCAGAGUGCUACUAAAGAAAUCGCUGAUAUUGUCACUGAGUUGCGAAAGUCGAAACAUCAGACUAGGGAAGCCUUGCAUAUGAUUGAAGUGGAACUGAGAAAAUUGGCGAUGGAAUUGAAAAAAUCUAAUCAGAAUCGUCGAGCGCCGUUGCAAAUAUUCCAAGCACCUUAUGAAACCAGAUACAGCGGACCUCACAUUAUGCAAACUAUCCCCACGGCAGAAUAUCAGCAACUUCAAAUUGUGCAGCAACCAAUGCAGUUAGCAGAAUUGAUUAAAAAAGAAGUGUACGCCGACAAAGUGGUUAAAAAGCAAGAGGGGUCAAACUCGUCUGAAACCAUUUCUAAAUUGGUGGAAGACUCGGUGAACUUGGCCAAAGACGUGCAAAACCUGAUCACACAGAGAGAUAGUUUAGAGCAAGUGAAGAGCCAACUAAGUCCUAAUUUCGAAGUACCCGAUGUUGUUAUCGAACAAGUGAUGAAAGACGCUGCUCUAUUGACACCUCAUCAACUCAAGGGUGUUACGGAAAUGGUUUAUCAGAAAAUGACAAGCAAUCCAAACCUCUCUGGUGAGCCAACGAAUUUAUCAUCUGCGAAAUGUGUGGAAACGCUUAGAGAAGUUCUUACUAUGUUCCUGAAACCAGCCCAACUUUUAUGCAAAGAAGGAAACAUAUCCAAUUCUGAGAAUCAGGAAAGCUCCAAUAAAUCCGAGCCGAUUGAUGAGGGAUCUAUUUCUGGCAAUAAAAACUGUCAAAACAAAUCGGAAAGAAAGAGUUCGACGCAGAUAUCUAAAAAAAUGAUUCUAGAAAUGUUGGAACGCAUAAACAAACCUCAAAAACCAACGGAUGGGGCUACAUACAAAAACAAUAAUAACGACACUACAGAGAAAAAAAUUGAAGAACCCACCGUCGCUGAAAAAGUAAUCCUCAAAACUGGUUCCAUCCACCGUGAUCUAAAUAGAAAGGAUCGGGUCUCGUUGUUUGCAGAGCAAGAGAGGGACCAAAGCCAAAAACCUCCAGUUCUUGACAAUCUAAGUUUGGCUGAAAGCUCAGAUACUCAACAAAACUCGAUCAAGACCAAUAACCAGGAUUAUGACGCUAUGGACAGUAAAUUGCAAGCCCUACCCACAACCAGCUCAGUCGAUCUCACGCUAAAUGUAUUGAAUGGAAAUACACUAAGUGCUCCUCAAUUACAAACAGAUGCUGACGCGAAUAUACCUUUGGGGCAAGAAUUGGAGGUCAUUCCUGAAGCCAGCGUUGACCAAUCGGUGCAAAACAGGUCACAGGACCUAUGCAAUGUCCGAGUUUCUCCUACUAUGCAAAAUGAAAGAAACACAAAUGUCCACCAAAAAGACAUGAAUGCAAAGAAAAAUGAUUAG